CCAUCCGCGGCGGCCACCGCCGUUUUACAGUCGGCCACCGUCGUCGCGCGGCUCAAGGUCGUCGUCGCCACGUCAUUUACGUAUUUUCGCCUCCUCCGCAUCCGCGCCCACGUCUUUUUCCCACCACCGACCGGCCGCCGGCGGAUGACUGCUCGACGCCGCCGCCGCCGCCGUGGCCGAGCCAUUGCGGCGGUGUCACGUUUCCGAGACGCGUUUCGCUCGUGCGUUGUGUAUCACCGCAACAGCUCUCGACGCCGCCGAGCGUGAUUAGUGAAACGAUCGCGUCCACCGCGGCGUUGCUUCGACCUGAUAUAAUCAUAUCGCCGCGCGUGACGGAAGCACGGCGAUCGCAGAUUCCGCCGGUUAUUAUGCGUUGUGGUCGCGAUGGAACAAGUGGUCGCGCUCGUUUACAACAACGGUCCGGAACUGCAGCAGCAACAACAGCAGCAGCGGCCGCCGAGUCCCGUCGUUGUUCCUCCGCUGCCUCCGCCGCCGCCGCCGCAGCAGCAGCAGCAACCGCCGAGGAUGACGGAAGAAGAAGACGGCGAGGAUCGCAGCAGCGCCGCGUUCUUCUGUAACACCGAGUACAGUUUUAUCCAUUACAAUUAUCAAACAAAUAGUUAUGUGCAAUAUGACGUCAAACCACAAAAUGAUAUUACAUUACAAGAAGGAUUUCAGGACGAUAUAUCUCAAAGUUCAUUCAGUAAUGACACUCCACCGGAUCAAUCGGAUACCAAAAGACAUUAUUGCGAAUUCACUGGGUGCAAAAGAACGUACAGCACCGUGGGAAAUCUCCGUACUCAUAUGAAGACACAUAAAGGUGAAUACCGGUUCAAGUGUAAUAUAAUUGACUGCGGUAAACCGUUUUUGACGUCGUAUAGUUUGAAAAUUCAUGAACGUGUGCAUACGAAACAAAAACCAUUUGUCUGUACCAAGGAGGAAUGUCAAAAAGCUUUUAACACCGUUUACAGGCUACGAGCUCAUCAACGUUUGCACACUGGUGAUACUUUCGACUGUAUACAAGCAGGCUGUGGCAAGUGUUUUACGACUUUUAGUGAUUUAAAGAAGCAUUAUAGAACACACACGCAAGAACGACCGUACAAAUGCGCAGAAGAAGGUUGCGGUCGAGCGUUUACGGCCAGCCAUCAUCUAAAAACACACAAGCGGACGCAUUCGGCUGACAAACUGUAUACGUGCGACCGACCAAAAUGCAACAAGUCGUUCCCAGGAAAGGCUAGUCUCAAAACGCACCAGCGAAGUCAUGAUAUUUGGGACGAUUCAGAGACUUUAUCAGAUUUCGCCGACGAUUUGCUUCAGCAUUUCGACAGUGAAACAAACAGCACGACUUCGGAAUUCUUAAAAUACCAAAGUCAACUAGUUAUACCGCUGUCAAAGGCUAACAUCGAAGCCCUAAAACAAUGCGAAACGGCUGAGGUGGAGGUGGAUGCAUACCUUUCAGGCAUUGCGAUACGGACGUUCACGGGAGCGGGCCCGGAUUCGAGCACGGCCACUGUUCAAAAGAUGAUCCUGGCCGAGCCGGACGACGGGAUGCCGGUAAAGCUGUCGGUGGAAUGCAAUGUCGACGUGCAGAAGAUUGGUCAGGACGCCAAUGGUACGAUCAGCCUGUGCGUGAUGGACAACGGCGAGUUGAUGUCCAGCCUACUAAUGAUGCCGAUGAUCAACGGCGCCAGUUACGAGACGGUGACGGAGGACGACUCGAGCCAGCCGCCAGUCAUGUCCAUAGCUACGGAAACGGUGCAGGAACUGCAGUUCGUCGACGAGCCCGUCCGGCAGACAGUGACGGCCGUCGAGCAGUCAGACGCCGAACCAGUGGGGACGGCCGUCGAUCUCAUACCGUUCGAUGACAUCUUAGUGUCCAAGCCGGACACGGAUUUCGCGGUGUGCGAACCGCACCAAGGAGUCGCCGCGGACGAACCGCUGCAGGUGGCCGAAGAGUUCAGCGUCGAGGAACUCAUACUCAGCUUGGCCGGCGACGCGAAUCAGUGUCUCGACAGUUCGGUUGCUUCACUCAUGGUAAGCCCGCAGCUGGAAGUGUUCGAGCCCACGUUUCCGGUACCGGCGCCCAGCCUCCCGCAACAGCAGGUGCACGAGUCCACUUUUUCGCCGGGCAGUAGCUGCACCGGUUCGGCCGCAAUUUCUACUGCCACUGCCGCCACGACAAUCGCCGGACAUCCGGCCGCAGCGGCGUCUUGUUCGCUGACCGUGGCCUGCAACACUCGCAAACAGCUCAGAAAGGUGCUCGAACAUAGACGGCCUGCAAGCAUAUCGCACUGAAGUCCUAUGCGAUACGCCGGAGACUAACGCACAUGACGGUCGCUUAAACAUUGUUUAGUGUUCCACGAUCGGUGGCCCAUUAAUAUGUGUUAGUAAACGAUUAAAUCAAUAAAUGUUUUAUGCGACUUGGUGUAAACUACAAUAGAUGUUAAAAGUUAAAGUGCGAUUAUUUAAAACCGAGUAAUGCUCGCUAGGAAAAGUACCGGUAAUUUCUUACUACGAAUUAUAUUUAUUGUAUAUUUUUAUUACUAAAUUAAUUUUAUGUGGUUUUUUACUCGUUUAUUAUGUUUUUCAUAGAAUUGUCUAGAAAAAAAAAUCUAUAUUCGAAUUUUAUGUAUUUGGGACAUCUGUUAGUCAUAGAAAAGAAACAUUUAGCCUAUUACGUUACUCACUACGAAUUCAUAUUUAAUCUCUCAAUAUAGCAUUUAUUAUUUAACUUUAUUACAUUCAUUUCUCAACCUAUUACAUUUCUGUAUUUUAACAUGUAACAAGCUGUGAUUCAAUAAUGAUUAUUUAGUACAUUUUUUACUAUAUUCGUAAUGACUUUACACAUUUUUAGAUAGUACAUAUGUAUACGACUUAGUAUUAUUUUACCUAUUCAACUACAUAUACGCAGUAUAUCUACAACAUGCUAAUAUCUAUAAGAAAGAUUUUAGAGAUAGGUAGACCAGGAUAAGUUAUAUACAUAUUAUAGGAUAGGACUGAUUGUUUGAUAUAAUUUCACUCUAACACUCAAUGAAAUUAAUGA